CUGGCUGGCAGCCUCAGGAUGACAGCUGAAUGGUCGUGCUCCAACACACAGCUUAAUAGAUAAAAAGAGGGCGGCCCAAAGCUACUGGCGUGCCAGUAUAUUACUCACCUGGUUUACUCGCCUGGUUGGCUCAUCCAUUCACUAUAUCAUGAGUGGGCCAAUAAACUGCUGGCAGACCAGCCCAUAUGUUGAUAAAUCAUAGUGGAAAAGCUAUGGGUGACUAUAUGGGCUUGAUGGAUAUGCCAUAAGCAGUGUACCUGAUUUCAGUCUUUAAAAUCAUAAAUGAUUGUACUUUGUCAUGUGUCAUAAGUAGAUUUUAUAGUAAACAAAAUAGGUAAAUUUUCAAUUAAGGUUGCUCAAAAAAUUCAUAGAUGAGACAAAAUUAGAUUAUAUGGUAAAUAUGGAGAGUCACUACGUGCCUCCAAUAUUCCUCCCACAGCAAUAAUAAUCUUUCCAAGGUAUCGCAUACUGGUUGUACUACUCUAGUUUUACCAGCGCAUCAAACAUAUACUGCGUCUACAAGUGAUGAUAAGAAAUAACAGAUAAUAUUCCUCUCCCCUUCAACAAAAUUAAAACACCUGGUAGUGGGGAGGGCUAUGAAGACCUGGGAAAUUGUGGGGUAAAAGCAGCUAUUGCACCUGAAAUGAAGCGUUUCUGUGCUCUACUUACGGCGAAAAUAUAUAUUUUGUGAUUAAAGCCACCAAUGGCCGCCGUGUAGGCCAGCGCUAUUUUGAUGGCGAUUGCGCCUGCUCUAUAGAUGUAGGUAACCCAUCUCUUGCUAAAAGGGAUCGAGUGUUAAAGGAAAAUCGAGUAUUAAAUGUAAGAGAUUCUGGAGUCCAAUUAGUUGGUUUGAGAGGCUUUUGUGUUGGUUUCAUAUGUGCGAUGAGUAUAAUAGGUGUCGCGGUCAGCUGUUUCUUGGCUUCCCCCUGCCGAGAUCAGUCCGUCCAGUAAAGGAGGUUGGCAAAAUGGUUGAAGUUGUGAAUCAGUGUCUUGGCCUGCCGCCCCUCUACUGCUGCCCUGGACCCCUGCCUGACCUGGUGGAAGCCUUUGUUUUCUCUCCAUGGUUGAGGGAGACUGUAAAAGAAAGGGUAUACUCAUUGCCUCCAGAGCAUGAAACACUAAGUGCAGCAGAAGUACAAUCAGCGCUGAGGCUUGGGCAGCAGCUAGACCAUCCCUGGCAAAGAAUAUUUAUACAGAUUAUACCAAAAAAUGACUGUGAUGUAUACCCUCUGGCCAGAAAUUGCAGCCAGUCACAAGGCUUUCUAGUAGAUAUGUCUUAUUCUCAGCUUCUUCAUUAUGUGGCAACCUCCAAUAGCAAAAAUUUAUGGAAGGAUGCUUAUAAAAAGUUCUCAGAGCAUGGAGUUGCAGUGCAAGGUAAAGGUGGCACACAAAUGGGAAGUGACUGCCAGAACAAUGUGCUUAGGGAGGCUGUCCAUCGGCUCUAUGGUUGUACUCCAAUAUCACUACAGGAGGACAGUGAUCCGCAGCCAGUCACAAGGAAUGGCCCUGAGUACAGGCCACAUUCCAGCAUCUUGCCAGCCAUCUGUGUCCUGGAGGCUAAACAUCACAUUUUUGUUAUACUAGAAAACAUAUGUCAUAAUAUGCAGCACUGUGUAUCUUUCAGCCCAGCCAAGUUAAGUGGGUCUGAAGUGCGACCUCUCUUUGUGCUGUAUCAGCUGCUGGAGGCUGCUCGGGACACUCAUGACCGUGGACUUCACCUGGGUGACAUCACGCUCAGUCAUCUUUUUGUGGAUGAUGCACUCUACCUCAAUUUAUUACCAUGCAUCUCUGACAGCUUGAUGAAGCCAGACCCUUUACUUUCUCAAAUGAAAGAUAUAAAUGAGGAGGGAUCAUGGUUGCUUGGAGAAGGGGCAAUAACUCCUGAGGCUGCUUCAGACUUCGAUUUCAGGAAGUCAAAUAGCAAUGACCAGCCCUCACUAAGUUGCCAUAGCUCAAAGAACUUUUCUGGAAUUCAUUCAAGAAGAUUACCAGACUAUGAAAGACUCCUGUCAAGUGAAGAUGCUUAUAAUGUAUUGAAGCAAGUUGAGGAAGGCAGCAAGAGCAUGGAAACAAUUCUUCAGUGUUCCUUAGUUCAUCUAACACAGCUUUGGGCAGGGGAGGGAGAGAGGUGCCACCGCGCCAGUGCCAAGCGAGACACAGACGGGAAGAGUAUGUCGUACUUUUCUCUCCUCUCCAGCCCAAAAAACGUCCUUACAAAUGAUGUACAAGCUCAAGGCAACCAGAAAAAGAGUCACCAACAUCAAGAGGGCUUAUGGAACAGCCAAACCUCAGAAAACAAGCAAGAGAGUAGUGUAGAAGCAAGGCACUCCCGCGAGGCACUCCUGCGGCACUCGUGCUACGUGGGAGUGCUGCGGGCCCAGAUGCCUGGUCAUUCUCCAGUGGGCCACCAGAUCACUACUUUGGACUAUCUUCUUUGCCUAAAUUUCUUUGCUGGGAGAAGAUUCAACUUGCCCAACCAUCACCCCACUGUGCCCUGGGUGACAGACUUUUCCUCCAGAACCACAGGAUGGAGAGACCUUACUAAGACAAAGUUUCGCCUAAACAAAGGGGACCAACAGUUAGAUCACACGUACCAGAUGGCUGCCACUCAAGGCCAAGCAAAGCAAGCAGUAGCCCACCAUGUGACAGAAGUAUUCAGUGAAAUUACCUACUAUGUGUACAAGGCUCGUGUCACCCCAAAGGAACUCCUGACUAAAUAUGUACGCCAGCAGUGGGUGCCAGAACAUUAUCCAUCAACAGUGAGUCGUCUUUAUGAGUGGACACCAGAUGAAUGCAUUCCAGAAUUCUAUACAGAUUCUUCUAUAUUUAAGAGUAUUCACCCAGACAUGGGUGACCUAGAAGUGCCUGAAUGGUGCUCCGACACAGAUGACUUCUUGAGUCUUCACCGCAGUAUGCUGGAAAGUGAUAGAGUAUCUCGCAGACUUCACCACUGGAUUGAUCUCAAUUUUGGGCACAAACUGUCAGGAGGAGCCUCCGUGAAGGCUAAGAAUGUCUGCCUACAGCUGGUAGAUGGUCACACAUCCCUGGCCAGGGGAGGCGUUGUACAACUCUUCACCACACCUCAUCCACCCAGGCUCACUCCUUCACCAUAUCUUGGUCGUUCACCUCCAAAAUUAACACAGAUUACACACCAGGAAGCAAAAACUGAGAAAUGUGAUGAACAGAGUGAAGCAGACUCAGCUCCAGAGAGACAAGAUGAGGAAAUGGAGAACUUCAGAUCCUUGGCGUUCUCUAAGAAAUUGAGCCGCUCAAGAACAUCCUUAUGUGAAGAAAAACAAGCAGAAUUGCCUUGUAUCCAGUUACCCCAAGAUUAUAAUCCUCUCGUUGCAAUCAAUCAGUUAGAAAUUCAUUUUAAUUUUGUACUCAAAGCUUCAAGAAGAAUUCCAAAGCAGCUUAUUAAGUUUAAGGACAGUCAGCAGGCAGUGAAACAAGCAGCUCACUUGCGGCGAGUCAGGGAUAUGCAGGCCAUUGGAUGCAUCAUAGUUGAAAUGUUUUCAGCUUCCAAAUGUCGAGCUUUGGGAACGAGAGCCUGUCUCAGAGAUCGCUAUGCUCAUGCUCGUAAACUGUUGGCACAUGACCAAAAUGAUGUGCCUCGCUGUGCUCGCCAAGCCCUACAGAUCAUAUUUCAGAUGUUGAGCCACUGGGAUAAUGAACACAAUAGUCUUCCUACUAAAUAUGAUCCUGUGUAUUCAGAUGGCCUGCCUCCUCCCAGCCCUCACCAGCUGCUACAGCCACUUAUUAAUUUAGUGGUCUUCCCCUCAUAUUUUCCUAGAUUGUAUAGAUUUGUGUGCAAAAUGAAGCAAUACUCUCGGUUGCUGAAUGAAGCUCAGGGAACACAUAGUGGCUCACAUGACAGAAAGGAGUAUAUUCAGAAUGUUAUGGCUAACAGGGUUAAAAUGGCUGCCAGAGACCUUCCUGAUAUACUACCAACCCUUUCUGCUGAAGGACUAGACCUGAUUUUGCCCUUCUUGACAGAACUGUUUGAAUACCCAGAGAGUGCUGUGAGUGCAGCUUGGUACCUGACUAGUAUUCUUGCUCAGGCCCUUGGACCUGAGGAAGCAAACAGAUACCUUCUGCCACCUCUAGUGAAAUUAUUUGAGGCAGAAAGUGUAACAGAUAAACACUUGAAGCUUUUUCAUCGAACUUUCCUGCUGCAGUUGCUGGUGUGGUUGGGCCUUCAAAAGUUUCUUUCCCACUUUAUCACUCCACUAAUUGAGGGUGUUGGAGGAUACAAGGAUAUUUUGGGAAAGAGCCAUCAGUCACCUGAGUUAGUGAGGAAGCAGUCAGCGAGUCUCAAGAGUGUGGACAUAGGUAUGGGUGUUGAAGGGGUGACUUCACCGUGUGAAGAAGACUCUCACUCCAGCGCAACAGAGGUUACACUCAAGCUCCACUCUGACCCAGAGCGACCGACAAAUCUCACUGAAGCUGAGUCUGAAGCAGAACCAGAAGUCUUUGUCUUUGAAGGAGUUGAAGAAGAGAUUAAUAGCAAAUCUCCUGACACUCCAUUGCAAGACGCAAGUGAUCAACUAAGAUCUCCCAUGGCUUCUGAGACUUUGAGCUCAGACGAUGUGUCUCUUUUGGAAGGAAUUCCAUCUCUGUGUCCUUCACCUCACUCCCCAUCUCCAAGUGCUGGUGAGGAGGAAGAGGAAGAAGAAGAGGAAGAGAAUAAUGAUGAAGAUAAGAUCUAUAGUGAGCCUGAUACUCCAACUCCCUUGGCAUCAGCUUAUGGAGCUUCCUUAGCUUCUGCUUAUCCGACUUCCCCAUCAUCAAUUACCUCCAACAUUGACAUUCCCAAAAGUGCAGCAUUGCCUGAAAUAUCAGCUAUCAAGUCAACCAGAGAAUAUUCCAGUUCACUCCCAGACUUUCGCCCUGAUAGAUUUAAAUAUGUUGCUGACAUUGACAUUGAGGAAAGUAAAGAUUACUUACCAGUGGGCUACAAGGAAAAAGAAAGUCUAAAUGACUCUGACCGGGUAGAGUUGGGUCAUAACAUGUCAGAUGUUUGCUGUGAAAGUGUUUUGUGGUUGGCAGGCCGACUGGGUCCUGUCCUCACAGCGCGUCAUGUGACCCGCAACUUGUUACGCAUGCUCACUCUCUGCUAUCUACCAGAUUCUGGUGCUUUGGCUCCUCUACCUCCAGACUCCAAUGACAAACUAUCUGUUACAAGAAAGCGUAUUUUAGGAGAUUUGUAUGCCAAGAAGGUGCUCAUAUGUCUUUCAGAAAUUGCAUGUUUGUAUGGUGAACAAGUAAUACUGCUUCAGUAUCUCUGCCACAUAUGUGAACUUGUGGCUUCAUGUCGGCGCAAGCUGUCUACCACAAUGGAGGGUGGGCUUCUUGGGGCCAUGGCCUUACUGCAGCAUCUUUUGCCUUACCUCUCAGACCUCACUUUCAUGGAGUACUUGCAAGAAACUUUGAUCCGUAAUGCAGUUUAUCCAGUGAUUCGCCUGUUAUCCUCCACCAAGGUCAAUUUUCCUCAUGGUGGGGCUGCUCGUGGAGUGCUGGCCUGUAGGGUAGUUGACUGUCUUUUCAUUAUGGCUCUUAGAGUUGGCCGGGAGAUGAGUAAGAGCAUGUUGAUGCCAACCAUUACUAGGUUUCUGACAGCCUUUGACAAGUGCCACAACAGCUCCCUUGGGCAACUGACAGCCUCAACCAGGUCCACUGAGGGGAUAGAGGUGGAAGAUGAGGAAAGUUCAGGUAUUCCUCAAGGUUCUCCCUUCACUGGAGAAGACUCUAUUAAGACAAAGGCCCUGGAGGAGCUGAAGGAGGUGCUGACCCCUGAACUUGCCUACCUGUCAUAUGUGCCACUGUGCAGAUUCUUGGGCACAUCAUACAUGGAAGUCAGCUUACCCAACCAUGAUCUUCUGCGUUCUCUCUGCCUCCAGUAUGAUGAAAAUAACCAGGCGGACCAUGCAGCAGUGUUGACUGAUGAUGGCCUGGGACUAAGUGGCUCCAGCGAUAGUGGUGGUGGGAGUGGACAGCAGGCCAUGCUGGGCAGAGGAGGCACAAAUGUGGCUGUAACAGGGAACAGAAUUGAUAUAAAGGAUGGAGCAGAUGGUGUCUUUAUCCCUCAAGCAAACCUUCCUCCAUCAAUUGGCUUUGCUUCUACAGUUGAUAUUAGCAAGUACACAGGCACCAAAAUGGAAAAUACUCAAAGGCACCUACGAGGCAAUUGGUUGGCAUACUGGGAACACGAGAUUGGACGCAGUGAGCAAGAUGCUAGGUUUAACUUCAAGCAAAUCAAACUGCAGACAUUUGUGGGCCAUACCAACAGUGUUAAGUCCAUACAGAUAUUAGACAAUGAAAACUCCUUCAUAUCGUGCAGCAAAGACAAGACAGUGAAAUUAUGGUCCUUACGAAGUCAGGGUGAUGGAAGUUCUCAUGUAAGCCCACAGUGGACUUAUACUGGCCAUAAGAAAUCAGUCUUUGGGGUGACCCUCUGUGAGUCUAUGCGAUGUGUCGCAUCCUGUGACUCAACCGUCCAUGUAUGGGACCCCUUCAUCUGUACCACCAUAAAGCAGCUAGACUCUCUCCGCCACAGUCCUGUUACUGUUCUGACAGCAAUGGCUGCACCGUCCACUCAGCUGGUGGUUGCAACCACUGAUGCAACUCUGAAGUUUAUCGAUCUGAGAACCUGUAGUUACAUUCAUGAAUUCAAGGUGUCUGUGGGAGGGGCAGGGCUGGUGCGUUGUAUUGACUCAAGUGGAGAUGGUCGGUUGGUGGCCGUGGCACACUCCUCGGGGGUGAUUUCCGUCCUUGAUAUACGCACGGGACACCUUCUUUCUACAUGGAAACCACAUGAGGGGGAGGUGCUGUGCAUGAGAUGGCAUCGUAAUGGCACCUUCAUCAGCUCAGCUCUUGACCAAACAGUGUCAGUGUGGAGUAUUGAUGAUACCAAGCUCAAGUUCACUCUCAGAGGUCCCACUGAACCAGUGCAUCUAAUAAGUCUGUAUGGGGAUGAGGUCAUUACCGGCACCACAGCCAACAGAAUUGGGGUCCACACUUCCAUCUCCCCAACUGCCUCCUUUUCUUCCACAAGACUAAGAUCAGACACCUUCAGAGGGGUGCUCACCACGAUGGCAGUCUUACCCCUAAACCGCCUCAUGCUUCUUGGAGCUGAUAAUGGAACUAUAAGGUUACUAUGUUGAGGCUUUAACUGAUAUAAUACUGUGAUUUUUAUUUUUAAGUGCUCUUUUGUAAUAGUCUCACAAAUAGGGUCCUGGUUCCCUUGCCACACAUUGUCAGAAACAGAACUUUUCAUCAUAUCAUGGGCAAACAGGUUCUAUAUUGACAUACAGAUAAUACUGAUCUGAGAUAGCAUAAGCUACAUUACAUGAUGAUUACAAUUGUAUAGUUUUGCUGUAAAAAUAUCAUCAGAUGUAUGGGGGUUUAUAUUUUAUAUAAUACAUUUACAUAAAAUUAUGUAAUUAUUAUGAAAUAUAUCACAUUUAUAUUACAAUUUUAUUACUGAUACAAUGACAUUAGCAUAAGGAAUUUAUAAUCCCAUAAUCAAGCACUUAAGUGGUGAGUGCACCAGCUUCAUGUGUCCAGAAAAGGGGUAAUGGGAGUAGAAAUAAAAUUAAUGGCACCUUUCAUAAUUUUGGUAAACAAAGAAGUUACACCAC